AUGUUCGAUGCAAGCGAGGCUGGCAGCUCCAAGGAAUCGUUGGCGAAGAACCUCAGUAGCUGCCUUAAGAUCGCGGAAACUGAGGCCAAGAAGUCUGGACACCGUGCGGCUCUUAUCAAUUUGAGCAAGGAGCAGGUCACCAUCCUAUCACGCGACAUCUGGCAGCUCAGGCAGGAUGUGUUCCAGCUGCAGGAGGAGGUCGGCCUGACGAACGCCCAGGACCGCCUCCGGGAUAGGCUCGGCUUCCUGGAGAAGCACACCGAUGACUCUCUCUGCAAGCACGCGAAGGCGAUUGACGAGCUUUCGCGGUCCAACGAUGGGCUUCGUAACGCAAUAGAGGCGCGCUUUUCGAGCAUCGAGCACGCUUCCCAUGCGCGCCAUGCCACAGUGGUGGAGCGCAGUUACGACAUGGGCAACACGUUGGCCGAGCUGUCCGAGAAGUGUUGCAAGAUAUCUGCAGAUCUGCAGCGCCAGCAUGCGGAGCUCGGCGGCAGUACCGAGUCCAGACUGUGCACCAUCCAGGAGCGCUUGGAUCUUUUUGGAGCGGAGGUGUGUCAGUUGCCGAACAGACAUGCGUGUGUGAGAGAGGACGUUCACAGAACCGCCAGUGCCAAUGUAGAGAGGAUGGAGGGCAUGUUUGCCGACUUCUCCGAGAGGUAUUGCGCGAUGCUUGCGGGCAUGGAGUGUCGGCUCGCGGAGCUCAGCAGCAGCAGCGCGUCCAUGCCAGACCGCGUUGCCCGCGUGGAGCAGCAGCAGCGAGAUUGCACAGACAGGUUUGCCAAAGAUCUGCAGAUUUUCAAGCGCUCGCGGGACCAGCUCGAGAGCCGCGUUGCCGAGAUCGGGCGCGAGAGCCUCGGUUGGCAAGCCUCCGUUGCAGGGCGCGUGGACACCCUCGAGAGGACGGUUCGCGACACGGCUGCCUGGCAGGCGAAGGAGCUGGCCGACCUGCGCGCACCGGGAGGGCGCCGGGCGCGUGCCCCGCGACGCCGUGGAGGACCGGCGCAUCGGCUCCGCGGAGCGGCACGGCUCGAGUCAGGUUGCCGCUCUGCGCGGCGAGCUGCGGAGGCUCGCGGCGUCCACGGAGGAGCGCCUCGGGGCCUGCGAGAGGCUACUGCACAGGGAGCUGGCCAGUUCGCAAGACCGCGCCGACCUGAUCUGGUGGGCUUUUGUUUUCUCCUUCUCAAAUCUGCUUUGGUGGAUUCGUUAACAACUGCUUUGGUGGAUACGCCCACGAGGUCAGAAUGUAGUCCCUCCUUGCGAGCUGCCUCGCAGAAGACCAGCCCAGGCGGGCAGAGCUCCCCUUUGAGCUCAACAGGUUUGAGCAAGAGCCGGUGGGGGUGCAAGGAGCUCCGGUCGGACUUGGAGAGUGAGGCGAGCGAGUUGUGCCAGCUGGCAUCGCCAACGAGGGUGAGGAGCAGGGUAUGCGAGCUGGGAUCACCGACGGGGCAGGCGCAUGUGCUCGCUGAGCUGGCAUCGCCGACGUCUUCAUCGUGGGCAAAGCACGGGUGA